CUGUGAUUGGGAUUCACAAGCAUAAUAGUGUAAUUUGGCCACUCAAACCGCGAAACGAGAGUCAAGCUCAACAAGAUCGAAGAUGGACCAUCCAUGGCGUCAUCGACCUCCACACCCUCCCUCCUUCAAUCCAAACCCUAAUGUUCAACCCCACAUCCCUCACCCCUUCUACGAUCCUUUUAUCGAUCAUCAUGGCAUUCCCGGCAAUCUCCACCGUCCGUUUUCCGAUCCUCGGCCUUGGCUUCGAAACCCUAGCUUGGAGUACGGCCAGUUCCAUGGGGGUGUUGGAUUUAAGAGGAUGAGAGAUGAUGAGAUUGAUGCUAGAUCGUCGAGAAUUUCCUCCGAGGAUGAGCGUAGAUUGAAGUUGAUUCGCGAUCAUGGUGUUGUAUCUAGUGGUUCAUCGCAAGGUAUGGAUUUUAAUCGCCAAACAAAUGAAUUUGUUGAAGAAAACUCGGUUUUCGAUAGGCAUUUUGGGAAUGUUGAUGGUUUAGAUGAAUUGAGAGUAUGUAGAAAUGAUAUGCCAUUAAAAUUACAAAGUAAUUUCGAUAAUUUUGAUAGGAAAGGGACAUCUUUUCACCCAAAUAAUUAUAGAGAGGAACAUGGUUUAGCCUUUGGCCAACAGAAUAUGCAUAGUUAUAGUAAGGAAGAAAUUGGGCAUUCUCGAUAUAGUCAAGGCGAGGAUUGUUUGCAGGCUAAUGGACAUUCGACUAAUGUCGAGCAGGGUCGACAAAGUCAAGAUGUGGCAACUCUUUAUGGCGAAGGACGAGUUCUGCAGAAUUUGGGUUCAGGUGGCAGUUAUUUAUCUGCUUCACAGAAGGGUGAUUUGAAUGAUCGGUUACAUAAUAAUAGAAACUAUCAUUCUCAUCCAACUAGUUGGCAGGGGUGGUCUGCUUCAAGUGCACCGCACCAUGAACAUGAACAAAGUAAUUUUGCAAUGGAGAACCGCAAUAGUAAUCGGCAUAUGUCCCAACCAUAUGCAAUGCAACACCAUAUGCAGCCAAAUCAUGAUUUUUAUUUCCAUGAAAAUCAUGAUGGCAAUCAGGAUACAGUUGGGCAUCAGAAUAUGCCCCUAGCAUCCCAAUAUGGUUCACGGAAUCUUAACAAACAAGGUGGUUAUGUAUCAGUUCCCGCUGGUGAUAGUAGUAUUGUCUCUGAAAAUAUAACUCAGAUGCAAACUUCUGGAGUAUUUAAUGUCCAGCCUCCUCUUCCUAUUUCUCCACCGCCACCAAUUACAGUGGGAUCUGCAGGGCACCCAUUACCAGCCCCCAAAACAUCAUCUUUAUUGUUCCCAAUUCCUGUUAGUUCCACAGCUACCAUACCUUCAUCAUAUGCACCAAUUCAAGAAGCCCACUCAUUGGCACAACCCUAUCUUCUUCAUAAAUCACAUCUCCAUGCUUCAACUGGCUUUGCUACUGAGGAAUUUCAAACCAUUAAACGAGCAUCAUCUAGGAAAUAUAUGGGAGAGGGCCAACCUUUUCCACCGAUAUCCUCGGAUAAACAAAAAGUCAUUGACGCAUCUCACAUAUUUAAGCAGCCACAUCGAGCAACCCGCCCUGAUCAUAUUGUGAUAAUUCUUCGGGGGCUUCCAGGUAGCGGAAAGAGUUACUUAGCAAAGAUGUUGCGUGAUCUUGAGGUUGAAAAUGGGGCUGAUGCACCUAGAAUUCAUUCCAUGGAUGAUUAUUUCAUGGUUGAAGUUGAAAAGGUUGAGGAGAGUGAUGUUUCAAAGUCGUCAGCUUUUGUCAGGGGGAAGAAACCAAUUAUGAAGAAAGUCAUGGAGUACUGUUUUGAACCUGAGAUGGAGGAGGCUUAUCGGUCAAGCAUGUUGAAGGCCUUUAAAAAGACCCUUGAUGACAACAUUUUCUCCUUUGUAAUUGUGGAUGACCGCAAUCUGCGGGUAGCUGAUUUUGCUCAGUAUUGGGCAACUGCAAAGAGAUCGGGCUAUGAAGUGUACCUAUUAGAAGCUACCUACAAGGAUCCAGCGGGUUGUGCAGCUCGGAAUGUGCAUGGUUUCACCCAGGAUGACAUACAAAAGAUGGCGAGACAAUGGGAAGAAGCUCCAUCCUUGUACUUAAAAUUAGACGUCAAGUCAUUGUUCCACGGAGAGGAUUUGAAGGAAAGCGGGAUUCAAGAGGUAGAUAUGGAUAUAGAAGAUGGAGAUGCUGCAGGUACCUUAUCUGGAUCAGAAGAAAGGAGUCAGAUCACAGUACCUCUAAGAGAUUUUUCACCUGAUGGCUCUUCGAAAGAAGAGAAAAAAUGGGAUGCUGAAGGAUACCAUCCAAGGGAAGAAGUGAAGGAAUUGGGCAGGAGUAAAUGGUCAGAUGGUUUAGAUGAUGAUAUCACCAAAAGAUCUGAAGCUAAUAAAGGGAAUUUAAAUGCUCUUUCUGGGCUAAUUAAGGCUUACACCAAGGAAGUUAAAUCCGUACAUUGGGGUGACCAGGUUGGCAAUACUGGCUUCUCCAUAGGUGCAGUAAGAAAGGUUAAUGUAUCCUUGGUGAUUGGGCCUGGUGCUGGCUACAACUUUAUAUCUAACCCCUUACCUGAAGAUGGUGCUUCAACCCAGAAUGCUGGUGAGUCAAAAAGGCAAAGCGUAUUCCAAGAGAGAAUUCGUGCAGAACACGAGUCUUUUAGAAUUGUUUUUGACAAGAGGCGACGGCAAAUUGGUGGGCUUGGCUUGGAGGAAUGAUACAUUUAAGUUGCCCUUUGACUAAACACCCCCGAUCCCUUACUCGUGCGAUGCCAUUGUAGUAGUUGUUUGUAGUAUUAUAGUCUGUGGAAGAAGAACGAGCAAUUAGCUGUGUCAUUGUAAUUGUAAAAGCUUAAUAAAGGCUGCCAUUGAAUGAUAGAAAGUUGAUGGGUUGUGCACUUGAUCUUUUGAUACACUGGUUUCAACACACAUUGCUCGCAAAUUGGGUUAGAGAGCAAAACAAAAAUGAUUUAAAUUCUAGUGAAAGGCCUCUAAAUGUUUUAUUAUUAUUUACUGGAUAAA